CCUCCACUGCCUGAGCGCACGAGCUCUGAGUGAGUGUUGUGGAUGGUCACUGCGCGCGUGGCCGCGUGGAAUCCUGCUCACGAGGGUUUCGGAUGUGUAAGGAAAUGUAGGGGCUACUACACCACGAGCCGGAUUUAUUACGACAUUUGACUGAUUCUCCAUGCGAAGAUAUGCUCACAUACUCUUUUUGCCAAUACGUCCUGGAGAUCAUUUAGACGCAACUUUGGAGCGGCGGCUCUCGCCCGCUGGAUCUGUUUCAGAGAGGAGUGCGCUGCAAACAUGCAGAACCACAUGACUUCAUUGCUGGUGGUUCUGCUGCUCCUGUGCGGCUGCACUGCGAACCAAAGCCAAGACAAUGCGCCCAUCCCUCUGUUUACCCAGUCUGUUUACAAUGCUACCAUUUAUGAGAACUCUGCUGCUAAGACCUAUGUGGAAAGUCCUGUCAAAAUGGGAAUCUACAUCACAGAUCCGACCUGGGAAAUACGGUACAAAAUUGUGUCAGGAGACAACGAGAACCUGUUCAAAGCUGAGGACUAUCAUUUGGGAGACUUUAGUUUUUUGAGAAUAAGGACCAAAGGAGGUAGCAGUGCAAUUCUUAACCGGGAGGUCAGAGACCACUAUAUUCUCACAGUCAAAGCCAUGGAAAAGAAUUCAAAUGCUGAGGCUCGAACACGAGUCAGAAUUCAGGUACUGGAUACAAAUGACCUUCGACCACUGUUCUCCCCAACUGCUUAUAGCAUAUCUUUACCUGAAAACACAGCUAUUCGCACAAGCGUAGCUAAGGUGAUGGCGACAGAUGCCGAUAUUGGUACAAAUGGAGAGUACUACUACAGCUUCAGAGAAUGGACAGACAUGUUUUCUGUCCAUCCCACAAGUGGCGUAGUUACUCUUACCGGAAAGCUGGACUACUCUGAGACAAAGCAGUACGAAUUGGAGAUUUUAGCUGUAGACCGAGGCAUGAAGCUGUAUGGUAGCAGUGGAUUUAGCAGCAUGGCAAAGUUAACGGUACGAGUGGACCAGGCCAAUGAGCAUGCACCAGUCAUCACUGCUGUAACCUUAGCAGCCUCAGAAACAGACAAGGACCCUACUUAUGCUGUUGUAACUGUCGAAGACAAUGACCAAGGUGCUAAUGGUGAGAUAGCAUCUCUCAGUGUGGUUGCGGGCGACCCUCUUCAACAGUUUAAAGCCAUGCGGACAAGUCCAGGAAGUAAGGAAUAUCAAAUCAAAGCAGUUAAGCAGGUUGACUGGGAUAGUCAACCCUUUGGAUAUAACCUAACACUGCAAGCCAAAGACAAAGGAAAUCCACCCCAGUUUUCAUCCGCAAAGGUCAUCCAUGUCAUGUCUCCCCACUUUAAAGUAGGGCCCCCUAAAUUCAUUCAAGCUAUUUACAGAGUCAAUGUGAGUGAGUUCGCACCACUGCACACACCUGUUGUAAUGGUAACAGCUGUGCCAAAGUAUCCCCAACUUAAAUACGCAUUUAGACACAGAUUGGAUAAAAAUCAUUUUGCCAUUAAUCCAGAUUCAGGCUUGAUCACAACAGCUGCGCCCCUUCACGCAGACUCUGUGAACAAGUAUGAAUUAGAAGUUGUGACCAGUGACAAAAAGGCAGUCACAAAAGUUAUCAUUGAUGUGAUUGAUGUGAACAACAAUGGUCCAGAAUUCAAGCAGACAUCAUAUAAAGCUAGCCUUGAUGAAAAUAUGCCAACAGGUACAAGUGUACUAACCGUAAAAGCCACUGAUUUAGACAGUGGGGAGAAUGGAUAUGUCACUUACAGCAUUGCAAAUGUGAAUUCCCAGCCAUUUGUCAUUGACUACUUCUCUGGUGUCAUUAGUAGUUCUGAGACUCUGGAUUAUGAAUUGAUGCCAAGGAUUUAUACCUUGAAAGUUCGGGCAUCAGACUGGGGUUCCCCUUAUCGCCGUGAGGUGGAAACUCAAGUUACCAUCAUGCUUAACAACUUGAAUGACAACAAGCCACUUUUUGAGAACGUGGAUUGUGAUGCAACUGUGCCAAGAGACCAUGGUGUGGGUGACCAGAUCACAACAGUGUCUGCAAUUGAUGCUGAUGAGUUGCAGUUGGUGAGGUACAGAAUUAAAGCGGGCAAUGACUUGAAUGUUUUUGAAAUGAAUCCAAGCUCAGGUGUGCUAUCUUUGAAGCAGACUUUGAGUGAGGGCGAGGCAGCAAAAGUGUCUUAUCACAGCUUGCAGAUCAUAGCCAGUGAUGGAGAACAUGAAACUCAGCCCAUGUUUUUGAACAUUACUGUCGUUACGGCACACAAACCAGUACAAGUAAAAUGUGUUGAUACAGGAGUUGCCAGCAUGCUGGCAGAAAAACUCCUGCAAGGAAGCAAGGUCCAUACGCAAAGUGAACCUGAAGACCACUUUCAAGACUUCCACUCUGUGAAUCGCGUUGCACCACAGUUUGCAGAUACUUUUCCCAGUGUGAUUGAGGUCAAAGAAGAUCUACCUGUUGGGGCUAGGAUUGUCCAUCUUAGUGCAUCAGAUUCUGACAGUGGUUUUAAUGGAAAACUGGUUUACGUUAUCUCUGGAGGUGAUGCUGAGAGUCGUUUUAUUAUUGACAUGGACAGCGGAUGGCUCAAAGUGUUUGCUCCUCUUGAUCGAGAAACAACUGAUCACUAUACAUUGAACAUUACCGUGUAUGACCUUGGAAUACCCCAAAAGUCAUCUUCACGUCUUCUUGAUGUGAAGAUACUGGAUGCUAAUGACAACAGUCCACAGUUUUUAAAGGAAACGUACUCUGUGGAAAUCAGUGAGAGCUCCACUGUUGGAACAGAGGUCAUUCAAGUUGAGGCAAAAGAUAAAGAUCUUGGGGACAAUGGUGUGGUCAGAUACUCAAUAUUGGCAGACACAGAUCAAUUUGCUAUUGAUACAGAAACUGGGAUUGUUACAGUGAAGAAACCUCUAGAUCGUGAAGUGCAACCCGUUUUUGUGCUCAAAAUUGCAGCUCGCGACCAGGCCACUGCUGAGCCUCAACUUGUUUCAACAGUGUUGCUAAAAAUCACACUAGAGGAUGUAAACGACAACCCUCCAAAAUUUAUUCCGCCCAACUAUCAUGUGAGAGUACGUGAGGAUCUACCUAUCGGUACUGUUAUAAUGUGGCUGGAGGCUCAUGACCCUGAUGUUGGGCCAUCUAGCCAGGUACGUUAUAGCCUCAUUGACAGUGGAGAUGGUAAAUUUGAAGUAGACAAAUUGAGUGGUGCGGUACGGAUCGUACAGAAUCUGGAUUACGAGAAAAAGCAGGUGUACAGUCUCACAGCAAAGGCAAAAGACAAAGGGAAACCAAUAUCUCUGUCCUCGAGUUGCCACAUUGAGGUGGAGGUUGUGGACGUGAACGAGAAUCUAUACAGGCCAUUGUUCCCAUCAUUUGUGGAUAAGGGAUUUAUCAAAGAGGAUGUGCCCAUCGGAACGUCUGUGAUGAAAAUCACAGCACAGGAUGAGGAUAAAGGAAGAGAUGGAGAGAUCCGUUAUUCCAUUCGGGAUGGAUCAGGCCUAGGGAUCUUUACUAUUGACGAAGACACUGGAGUGAUCCGCACACAGGAACUGCUGGAUCAUGAAACUGUACCUCACUACUGGCUGACGGUCUACGCCACCGACCGCGGUGUGGUCCCUCUAUCUUCCUUUGUGGAGGUCUAUAUCGAGGUCCAGGAUGUCAAUGAUAAUGCCCCACAGACCUCAGAACCGGUCUAUUAUCCGUCCGUCAUGGAGAGCUCCCCUAAAGACGUCUCAAUCAUCCAGAUCGAGGCCUUUGACCCGGACACAAAGUCCAGUGAAAAACUUUCUUACAAGAUCACCAGUGGAAACCCACAAGGCUUCUUCAGCAUCAACCAAAAGACCGGUCUGGUCACCACUACGUCUCGGAAGCUGGACAGAGAACAACAGGAUGAGCACAUUCUGGAGAUCACAGUUUCUGAUCAAGGCGUUCCUGCGAAGUCCACCACAGUCCGAGUCAUUGUGAAAGUCUUGGACGAGAACGACAACAGUCCACAGUUUAUGGAGAAGGUCUACAAAAUCAAACUUCCUGUAAGGGAGAAGCCAGAGAAAGAGCGUGCUCUUAAAAGAGAUCCCGUGUAUCGUGUCAUCGCCUCAGAUAAAGACGAAGGACCUAAUGCUGAGAUCUCCUACAGCAUCGAGGAAGGAGACGAACAGGGAAAGUUCUUCAUCGAGCCCAAAACUGGCAUGGUUUACUCCAAGAAGCUUUCCUCUGCUGUAGAUUAUGACAUCCUAACGAUUAAAGCAGUGGAUAAUGGCCGACCCCAGAAAUCGGCCACCUGCCGUCUACACAUCGAAUGGAUCCCCAAGCCGGAGCCGAGCACAGUCCCCCUGGUAUUCGAUGAGCCCUUUUACACCUUUUCUGUCAUGGAGAGUGACACCGUGUCCCACAUGCUCGGGGUCAUCAGCCUGGAGCCUGUCGACACACCAGUCUGGUUUGAAAUAACAGAGGACAUAGCGGCUAAAGAGCUGUUUUACAUCGUUCAGAUGGCUUGCGACCUGAACUGCACUGCAGAAGGUGGUAAUUCUGACAGUCGAUUCGAGGUGGGGAAGGCGAGCGGGACAAUGAUUGUGGCCCAAGCGCUGGACGCAGAGCAGAAAUCCCAUUACAACCUGACGGUGAAUGCAACAGAUGGCACCAGAUCUGUCAGCACGCAGGUUCUUAUUAAAGUGAUCGACACCAACAACCAUCGUCCCCAGUUUUCUAAACCAAAGUAUGAAGUGGAUGUCUCUGAGGACACCCCACCUGAGACUGAAGUGUUACGGAUUACUGCUACAGACCAGGAUGAGAAGAACAAGCUAACAUACACCCUCCUCAGCAGCACUGACCCAUUCAGUUUACGGAAGUUCAGGCUUGAUCCCGGAACUGGGGUGUUGUACACAGCAGAGAGAUUAGACCAUGAGACCAUGCACCAGCAUACACUAACUGUCAUGGUACGAGAUCAAGAUAUCCCUGUGAAGAGGAACCUGGUGCGUGUGAUUGUAAAUGUGCAAGACACCAACGACAACGCACCUUGGUUCUCUGGUGCGCCGUAUGUGGGCCGAGUGUUUGAGUCUGCUGCCACCGGCUCUGCAGUGCUUCAGGUCUCUGCUCUUGACAAGGACAAAGGCCAGAAUGCUGAGAUCAUCUACAGCAUUGAGUCAGGAAACGUAGCCAAUUCAUUUGCCAUUGAUCCUGUCCUGGGAACCAUCACUGUGGCAAAGGAGCUGGACCGUAACAACAAGAACAGAUUUGAACUAACUGUGAAAGCCUCUGACAAAGGAACACCGCCACUUAGUGGUACAGCUGCUGUCGACAUAACAGUCACUAUUUCUGACAAUGCCAUCCCUAAAUUUGCAGAGAAGGAGUUUUCUGCUGAAGUCAGCGAAACUGUUCUGCCUGGAGCCUUCGUAAGUCUGGUCACUGCCAACAGCCAAUCAUCAGUUUUCUAUCAGAUCAAAGAUGGAAAUGUGAAUGGAGCAUUUGACAUCAACCCUAACUCUGGAGUUGUUGUUACCCAUUCAGUUCUGGAUUAUGAGACCAUUCCAUCAUACAAACUAACCAUUCAGGGAACCAACAUGGCCGGGCUGGCUAGUAACACUACUCUACUGAUUCACUUAAAGGAUGAAAAUGAUAAUGCGCCUGUUUUUAUUCAAGAUCAAUUUGCUGGAAUGGUCAGUGAGUCUUCUCCAGUCAACAGUGUAGUCCUCACCAAAGACAACACACCUCUUGUCAUCCGUGCUUUAGACACUGAUCGUGAUGCUAACUCGAGGCUUGUCUAUCAGAUUGUUGAGCCAUUUGCCCAUAAUUACUUUGCCAUUGACUCUAGCACUGGUGCAAUCAGAACCAUCAGUGAAUUGGAUUAUGAACAGAGAUCAGUGUUUCGCUUUUCAGUUCAAGUCCAUGACAUGGGAAUUCCCCGUCAUUUUGCAGAGAAGGCUGCUAAUGUGACUAUUGAGAUUCUGGACGUUAAUGAUUGCCCACCUCAGUUCAGCCAAGAUCUAUAUGAAACAACAGUCUUAGUGCCAACUUACAAAGGAGUUGAAGUGAUCACAGUCAAUGCCUCAGAUGCAGACUCGGGUCCAAAUUCAAGGCUUUUUUACUCUAUUGUUGAAGGCAAUAUUGGAGAGAAGUUUAAAAUGGACCCGGUCACAGGGGUUAUCACUAUUCAAAAUGUCACUCAGCUCAGAAGCAGGUAUGAGCUCAGAGUGAGGGUGUCUGAUGGCAGGUUUUCUAAAACAUCCUUAGUGAAAAUAAAUGUCAGAGAGAAUAAGGAGAGUACUCUUCGGUUCACCCAAGAAUCAUACAAGGCAUUCGUGCCAGAAAAUUCCUCAGAGAAGAAGACUUUAGCUGUAAUUGCGGCAGUGGGAAACCAAGUCAAUGAACCUUUGUUUUAUACCAUUCUGAAUCCUGAUAAGAGAUUUACAAUAAGCCGAACUUCAGGAGUACUCUCCUCUACAGGCACACCUUUUGAUAGAGAAGAGCAAGGUGUAUUUGAUAUUGUGGUGGAGGUGACCAGAGAUGACAAGUCACCUGAUGUAGCCCAUGUCCUCGUCACUGUGAUAAUUGAGGAUGUCAAUGACAACCCACCUGUGUUUGUCAAUUUACCUUAUCAGGCACUAGUGCAAGUUGAUGCAGAUGUGGACCACAUCAUCACCAAGGUGACAGCUGUUGAUGCUGAUAUUAAUGAAAAUGCUGAGAUCAACUACCACCUUCAGGAGUUGAAUGAGUUUGUUCAGAUCAGCACAGAUGGUGAAAUCUCACUUACAAAGAAGCUUGACAAAGACUCAGUUAACACUGAAUUUAUCAUCACAGUUGUAGCCAGAGAUGGAGGUGAACCGGCACUUUCCUCAUCUGUUGAAGUCCCAAUAUUGGUUGUAAACAAAGCUAUGCCUGUGUUUGAGAAAGCAUUCUACAGUCUGGAAAUUCCAGAGAACAUACAGCUACUAACACCUAUUGUACACAUCCAGGCUAAUGACUCCGAAGGGCCUAGAAUUGUUUACACGAUCACAGAAGGGGACCCUCUCAAUCAGUUCACUAUCAACUUCAAUACUGGUGUGAUCCAGGUUGUAAAAACUUUGGAUUUUGAGACCCACCCAGCCUAUAAACUUAGUGUGAGGGCCACUGACUCGCUAACUGGUGCCAAAGCUGAAGUGUUUGUUGACAUAAUCUUGGAAGAUGUUAAUGACAACCCACCUGUGUUCCAUACCAAACUGUACAAUGCAAGUCUUUCGGAAGCAUCAGUGAUAGGGACAUCCGUAUUAGAAGUCUCAGCGACAGAUGCUGACACUGGUAACAACAAAGUGCUCUUUUACCAGAUUGUUGAAGAUAAAGAUAAGAGCUUUGAUUACUUUAGCAUCGACCGUGACACAGGCACAAUCUGGACAACUCGGAUGCUUGACCAUGAAGAAAAACCUUCACAUAGGCUGUUAAUUAGAGCAGUGGAUGGUGGUGUGCCUGCUCUUUCAAGUGAAGUUAUGGUGUUAAUUGAUGUAAUGGACCUUAACGACAACACUCCAGUGUUCUCCCAGAAUGUCUAUGAAGCUACAGUGAGUGAACUAGCACCCCGUGGCCACUUUGUCACCCAAGUACAGGCUUCCGAUGCUGACAUCUCUGAUAGUGGAAAACUUGAAUUUUCAAUUUUGUCUGGAAAUGAAGGACAAAACUUUGCAAUGGAUCCAAACACUGGGGCUUUAGUCAUAUCAAAUCAUCGUAAACCUCAUAUGGAAUCUCUCUACAAUAUCAAUGUGUCUGUAUCAGAUGGUGUAUUUAGAAGUUCAGCCAUCGUGAAAGUCAAUGUUAUAAGUGCCAACUUCCACAAUCCUACCUUCAACCAGGUGGAUUAUGUGGUCGAGCUUCUUGAAAACUCACCUGUUGGAACACUGGUGGCUGAAGCCCAAGCGACAGAUGAUGACUCAGGAACAUAUGGAAGACUUACCUACCAUAUAGUCAAUGACAUUGCUAAAGACAAGUUUUCAAUCUCUGAGAAUGGAGAGAUUUUUACUUUGGAAAGUCUUGACCGUGAGAACGCAUUGGAGAAAGUGAUUCCGAUCUCUUUGAUUGCUAAAGACGGUGGUGGCAAAGUUGGCUUCUGCACUGUGAAUGUGAUCUUAACAGAUAUUAAUGAUAAUGCCCCACAGUUCAGAGCUGCUGAUUACAGAGUUAAUGUUGCGUCUGAUGUGUCAAGAGGAACAACCAUACUUAAGAUUGCAGCAUCAGACAUGGAUGAAGGAAGUAAUGCAGAUAUCACCUAUUCUAUUGAAACUGAUGCAGACAAUGUUGAGGAGAACUUUGAAAUCCACCAGUUCAGUGGUGUCAUUGUAACAAAGGAAAGCCUCAUUGGAUUGGAGAACCAAAUGUACACAUUUCUUGUACGAGCAAAAGAUGGUGGAAAUCCCACAAAGUCUUCUGUUGUUCCUGUCUACGUCAAAAUUCUUGCUCCUGAGGUCCCAGUGCCAAAGUUCAUAGAGUCCCACUACAGAUUUGCCAUAGAAGAAGACCUUUCUCUUGGUUCAGAAAUAGAUGUUAUUCAGGCCGAAAGUGAUCAGCCAGUCUUUUAUAGCCUGGUGAAAGGGAAUACUCCUGAGAGCAACCAGGAUGAGGUAUUUGUCGUUGACCCCAGUUCAGGAUCUUUAAAGCUGGACAAGAAGCUUGACCAUGAGAGCACCAAAUGGUAUCAGCUAACUCUACAAGCCCAAAGUGAAUAUGAGGGAAGCAAAGUUGUCUCCGCUGUGGACAUUAGCAUUCAGGUCAAGGAUGUCAAUGAUAAUCGACCUCUCUUUGAGUCAAACCCUUAUGAAGCUUUUGUUGUGGAAAAUCUCCCAGGAGGCACCUCUGUUAUACAGGUAAAGGCCACAGAUCUGGACUCGGGCACUAAUGGUCAUGUGGUUUACAAUUUAGAUCCCAACCAAGAGACAAGGGACAUUGUAGAGUUGUUUGCCAUAAACAGUGAAUCCGGUUGGAUUACCACAUUAAAGGAACUUGACCGUGAGACGAGAAAUAAAUACACAGUUUCAGUUUUGGCUACCGACCGUGGAGACAAAGUUCAGCUGAUGGCUAGUACCAGGGUGGAUGUCACAGUGGUAGAUGUGAAUGACAACCCACCGAAGUUCACAGCAGAGAUCUACAAGGGCACAGUAAGCGAAGAUGACCCACCUGGUGGAGUCAUUGCUAUUCUUAGCACUACAGACCUGGACACAGAGGAGAAUAACAAGCAAAUCAGCUACUUCAUUACAGGUGGAGACCCCUUGGGACAGUUUGCCAUUGAGCAUACUCAAGGCGAGUGGAAGGUUUCAGUGCGGAAACCACUCGAUAGGGAGGAGAAGGACAAUUACUUGCUGAACAUUACAGCCACUGAUGGGACCUUCACAGCCAAGGCCGUGGUUGAAGUCAAGGUCUUGGAUGCCAAUGACAACAGCCCAAUUUGUGAGAAGUCAUUUUAUAUGGAAAGCGUCCCUGAGGAUUCCCCUGCCGGCAGGCUCAUACUGCAAGUCUCCGCCACAGAUGCUGACAUCCGUUCCAACGCUCAGAUCUCCUACGAGCUGCUGGGGCCUGGAUCAGAGCACUUUAGCAUCGACUCAGAGACAGGUGAAUUGAAAACACUGCUUCCUCUGGAUCGUGAGGAAGAGGAGGUGCACAAGAUGAAGGUGCGUGCUCUGGACGGAGGCGGACGCUUUUGUGAAGCAGAAGUUGAAAUCACAGUCGAAGAUGUAAACGACAACCCUCCGCAGUUUACCACUGACCCCUACACCUUCACUGUAUUCGAGAACACUGAGAUAAACACACCAGUGGCUCGCCUGUACGCCUCUGACCUGGACACAGGUGCUAAUGCAGAGAUCCUGUACUCUCUGUUGGACUCUGCUGAUGGUGUGUUCUCCAUCGAGGAGGAGACGGGUGUUGUGCGACUGGAUCGUCCUCUGGACAGGGAGCUUCAGUCGCUUUACACUCUUCGAGCCCAAGCCACAGACCGUGGGUCACCACGGCACCUUUCGUCCCACACCACUGUCAGUGUCUCCAUCUUAGACAUCAACGACAAUCCUCCAGUGUUCGAGCGUCGUGAAUACACCGCCACUGUCGCUGAAGACAUCCCUGUGGGCACUCAGGUGUUACGGAUUCAUGCUGCCAGCCGAGACACAGAAGCAGGAACAGAGAUCACAUAUGCUAUUAUUAAUGGAAAUGAGAGGGGAGCGUUCCGCGUCGACCCACAAACAGGUGGUGUGUUUGUGAUCGAGCCAUUGGAUUACGAAACGGCACAUGAAUUUUAUCUGACAGUGGAGGCAACAGAUGGAGGCACACCAUCACUCAGCGACCUGGCCACUGUGAACAUCAACCUGACCGAUGUUAACGACAACAGCCCUGUCUUCAACCAAGACAUCUACUCCGCAGUGAUCAGCGAAGACGCAGAGCUGGGAAAAACAGUGCUUACUGUCAUGGCCGACGAUGCAGAUGGUCCAUCCAGUAAUCAGGUGCGCUUCUCCAUCAUUGAUGGGAAUCAAGGCAGUCCAUUCACUAUCGACCCCGUCAGAGGAGAGGUCAAGGUGGCCCGGCUGCUCGACAGAGAGAAGACUUCAGGUUACACGCUGACCGUGUUGGCCUCUGACAAUGGAAGCCCGGCUCGAUCCAGCAGCGCUACCAUCAACGUAGAUGUCUCGGACAUCAAUGAUAAUCCACCUAUCUUCUCUCAAGCCAACUACAGCAUCAUUAUUCAGGAGAAUCAACCAAUUGGUGCCAGUGUUCUCCAGCUGACUGUGUCUGACCGCGAUGCCUCCCACAACGGUCCUCCUUUCACUUUUUCGAUCAUUAGAGGGAACGAGGGCGACUUCUUCCGCAUCACUCCUCAGGGUGUCCUGGUCUCUGCAGCAACUCUGAGCCGCCAGACACAAGAGUUUUACCUCCUACAAGCCCAGGUAACAGACAGCGGUCGACCUCCAUUGGUCUCCACUGCAUUUGUGAGUGUUCGUUUGAUCGAGGAGAGCAUCUACCCUCCCUCCAUCCUACCGCUGGACAUCUUCAUCACCACAGCCACAGACGAAUAUUCUGGUGGAGUCCUGGGUAAAAUCCACGCCACCGAUCAGGACGUUUAUGACACUCUAACUUACAGCCUCGCCCCCGACAGUUCCUCCACCUCAGAGAACUCCGGCCUCUUUUCCGUCUCCCCUGCCGAUGGCAAACUAGUAGCCCGUGGGAAUCUGGACGCCGGUCAAUACGUCCUAAACAUCACAGUGACAGAUGGCCGCUUUACUGCAGCUGCCCGUGUCAAUAUUCACGUGCGGCAGGCGACAGCACAAGCACUCGAUAACUCCAUUGCGGUUCGGUUCUCUGCAAUAGCACCCGAGGAGUUCAUCGGAGAUUACUGGCGCAACUUCCUGCGGGCUUUGAGGAAUAUCGCCGGUGUCAGACGAGGGGACGUGCAAUUGGUCAGCUUGCAACCUGCUGCCGAUGCCUCUGGUGACCUAGAAGUGCUUUUAGCUCUAGAAAGAUCAGGAAGUCCAUUCCAACCCCAGGAAGUGUUGUACAGGAAACUGAACGCCUCGGUCGGGGUGAUCGAAGAGAUGACGGGAGUGCGUAUUGUGAGAGUUAUGAAGAAACUAUGUGCUGGUUUGGACUGUCCUCUUAGUUUCUGUCAAGAGACCAUUGCUUUGGAGACUGGAGCUGUGUCGGCUUACAGCACCGCCAGGAUUAGUUUUGUUACACCACGUCACAUGCGCACAGCUAAAUGUCUCUGUGAAGGAGCUGAGUGUUCUAUCUUGAGUAAACUCUGUGAGGGAAGCCCCUGUCCUGAUGGCAUGGAGUGUGUAGAAGACCCUACACACAGCAAAUACAGAUGCAUCUGUCCUGAGGGAAAACAGGAAGAGUGCUCAGAGCGUCAGUCUUUAACAUUCAGCGGAAACGGAUAUGCCAGGUACAGGCUGAUGGAGAACGAAAAUAAGGAAGAAAUGAAGCUGUCCCUCAGACUGAGAACAUUCUCCACCCACGCCACUGUCAUGUACGCCAAAGGCACAGACUACAGCAUACUGGAGAUCGUGAACGGCCGCCUGCAGUACAAGUUUGACUGUGGUAGUGGGCCUGGUGUGGUGUCUGUGCACAGCACCCAGGUCAGCGAUGGACAGUGGCACACGGUCUCCCUUGAGGUGGACGGUAACUACGCCAGACUGGUUCUGGAUCAGGUCCACGCUGCGUCUGGCACAGCUCCAGGCACCCUCCGCACCCUCAACCUGGACACCAGCAUGUACUUCGGGGGUCACGUGCGGCCCGCGUCCGGCUCUGGCAGACUUGUGAUGAACGGUCUGCGGGGUUGCCUGGAGGGAAUUGUGUUUAAUGGGAGAGAGCUGCCACUGUCUCAGGUUCGAGGAGCUCAUUCAGUGCUGGAAGAGUUGGUGGAGGCGGCUCCCGGGUGCAGCUUGGCUCCUCCAAUCCAGGGCUGCACCAGUAACCCCUGCACCAAUGGAGGCACAUGUUUAGCACUGCCUAAUGGAGGAUAUUUCUGUAAGUGCACCGCUGCAUUCAUGGGCACUCACUGUGAAGUCACUAUCAGCCCUUGUGCCUCUAAUCCCUGUCUCUAUGGAGGCACAUGCAUCCCACGAGGAGGAGACUUUUACUGCCAGUGCAGAGGACAGUACUCUGGGCAACGGUGUCAGCUGGGGCCGUACUGCACUGAUAACCCGUGUAAGAACAGUGGCAAGUGCAUUGAUAGCCUAGAUGGCCCUGUAUGUGAGUGUGAACCGGGUUUCCAAGGAGAAAGGUGUCUCAGUGAUGUAGACGAGUGUUUGAAGAACCCUUGUGGCAAUGGCGGUCACUGCCAGAACACAUACGGCUCCUUUAGCUGUAAUUGCUCCAAUGGUUACAGCGGCCAACAUUGUGAACUUCGUUCCGAAAUCCGCAACGAAUUUGUCUCCACCUCCUGGAACAUCGGCUUGGAGGAAGUGAUCGGAAUCGUUGUCUUUGUCGCCAGCAUUUUCUUUCUCGUUCUGCUCUUCGUCGUAGUUCGCAAACGCAUUUGUCGGCGCUCAAAAUCCAAAUCUGAUGACGACGACAAGAUCGGCAUCAGCACUGGCACCCAGAACAGCUUCCUUCACCGGCCAUACUUUGACGCCAAACUCAACAGGAACAUCUACUCCGACAUCCCACCGCAGGUCCCAGUACGACCCAUUUCCUACACUCCCAGCAUUCCAAGUGACUCCCGCAACAAUCUAGACCGCAACUCGUUUGAGGGCUCAGCCAUACCAGAGCACCCAGAAUUCAGCACGUUUAACCCUGACUCGGUGCACGGGCAUCGGAAGACGGUGGCGGUCUGUAGUGUAGCACCUAAUUUACCUCCUCCUCCACCCUCCAACUCUGUUUCUGACAGUGACUCCAUACAGAAGCCCAGCUGGGACUAUGAUUAUGAUGCUAAAGUGGUGGACUUGGACUCAUGUUUAAGUAAAAAGCCGGUGGAGGACAGUGCAUGUCACCCGUACAACACCAGAGGAAGCAUGUCUGAGGUCCACUCUCUCAGCUCCUUCCAGUCUGAGUCCUGUGACGACAAUGCCUCCCUAGUGACAGUAAUCCACCUUGUCAGCUCUGUUGUUGACUCGGUGGAGAAAGAAGAGUCAUUCUCGGCUCAUGAACACAAGAACCCAAGAGGCUAUCAUUGGGACACAUCUGACUGGAUGCCGAGCGUUCAACUUCCUGGAAUCCAGGAAUUCCCUCAGUAUGAGGUAGUGGAGGCUCCACCCACCCUUUACAGUGACCCCGCCCUGCUGGACACGGACUACUAUCCUGGCGGAUAUGACAUUGAAAGCGACUUCCCUCCUCCGCCUGACGACUUCCCAUCCCAUGAUGACCUACCCCCUCCUCCACCUGUGCCAGAGUACGGUGAUCGCUAUGACACAUUACAGCCUGCCUCACGCGGGUUAAACAGCACCCCCUCUAGUCCUGGAGGGUCUUCAAUACGCCAUCGGCCACCAUUACCACAGCUCUACAGCCUCACCCAAUUCCUACCCCACCACCACUACUCCUCAGACCCCGAACCCCAAACCAACCCCACCAGCACCAGCACAUCAUCGUCCACUGAAGGAUACCGACACGGAGGCUUCUCGCUAGGCUACAGACGCGACUUCGAUCCCCCUGCCGCCGAUAACAUGUCGCUUUCGCUGUACACAUCCACGGCGUCCUGCUCGGACAUGUCAGCCUGCUGCGAGGAGUCAGAGGUGAUGAUGAGCGAUUACGAGAGUGGCGGAGAGGAGGGAGCACAGUUUCAGAGGCUCAUUAUACCACCGCUGGACUCACAACAUCAGCAGCAUACUGAAGUCUGACACUGGAUCCAACACUUACGUUCAAAAGUGCCUAAACCAAACCCUGCAACAGGAGACUUACUGUGUGUUUAAACCAUAAACCACAUAACGUUCAUCCUGCACCAAUCUGCCACACAAAGGAAAAGCGCGGUGACUACACGUGUGGACAAAAUUAAGUCCUAAAAUGGAUCUGCUCUGAGAAACGAGUGUCAAAAUUGCAGUAUAUAAAAAAAAAUUGUUUUCAGUUUGCGUAGAUACUGAACUUUGCCUUUGUUGGGCAGAAAUGUAGUCUUAAAGAAUGUUCACAACAAGAAGUGUAACCAUUGGCUGAAUGCAUAGCACAACUACAAUGAUAACAGCACAGAGAGGUAAUAUCGUACAUUCAGAAAGAUUUUUUUUCUGGGCGUAAAUCAGAAGUAAAUUUCAAAAGUAAAUCGGUGAAGUGGAGUUUAAAGUGCUUGAGCUUUUACAGCAGCAGGCGACAAACUAAAAGCAUGUGCUUUUAUUAAAUUUACUUGUGCAUCGUGUAGAUGCUAAUAUACAGUGGGGAAAAUAAGUACUGAACAUGUCACCGUUUUUUGCAGAAAACAUAUUUAUAAAGGAGCUGUUACCUGGAAAUGUUGUUGAGAACUAUCCAUAUUUCCAAAGAAAACAAAUCUAAUUAGUUUACAAAUGAAGUAAUAAUAAAAUGAAAUAAAACAGGGGGAAAGUAUAGAACACAUGAAGAAAGGAAGAUGUAGAAAGACACUGAAAGCCCAGACAGCACCUGAAAUCUCUUAGAAGUUAUUCAGCAAUCCUUUGCCCUUUGUCUUUGUAAAUUAAUAUUAGUUGCUUUAGUCCAACAUCUACAUUAGCAGGAUGAUGAGGAUGAAACCAGGGUGACAUUUCAGCAAGACAAUGAUUCAAAACAGCAGAGGAAACUCUUAAAUGCGUUCAGAGAUAGAAAAUCAAGCUGUAGAAUGGCUUAGCCCAGGGGUGUCAAACUCAAUUCCUGAAGGGCCGAAGCCCUGCACAGUUUAGUUCCAACCCUGCUCCAACACACUUACCUGUAGGUUUCAAACAAGCCUGAAGGACUCAAUGAGUUUGAUCAGGUGUGUUUAAUUAGGGUUGGAACUAAACUGUGCAGAGCUGUUGCCCUUUUUGAACUGAGUUUGACACCUGUGGCCUAGCCAAUCACCUGACUUUAAUCAAAUAUAAAAUACAAAACAAAGAUCAGAUUUGAUAGACGAGACACACAGAACCAUCUUUGUAUAUUAAUAUUAGCUUCUUCAGUCUAACAUCUACAUUUGCAGGAUGAUGAGGAUGAAACCAGGGUGGACAUUUCAGCAAGACGAUGAUUCAAAACACAGUCGAGGAAAUGAUCUAAAGCUUUCAGAGAAAGAAAGUCAAGCUGUAGAAUGAGAGUGUUUGUGUUUUUACCAAAAUCUGGCUCAAUUCCUUGUCAACAGCUCCUUUAGAAAUAUUAUUCCCAGGAAAUAAACAUGACGUAUUCAAUACUUAUUUUCCCCGCUGUAGUUGCCUUUCUUGGUGUGAAUGGGCAUUUACACCACAUAAAUGCCAAACAUCCAAACACACACAUCGUAUAUACAUCUGUAUCUCACUGAAGAUGGGUUGUUUUUUUUGGAAAGACUUGCUUGAAAAAGAGUUCUCUCCAGUAGCUCUAAUAUGGGCUGUUAUUAAGGUUAUUUAACAGUAUUGGAGAGGGCGUUAGACUUGGCUGUGCCAUUAAGUAAUACAUGAUGAGAUGUACAAUUCACACAGAAAAUGAUAACUGAUAUAUUGUCACAGAUAAUGGGAGACCGAGCAUCAUUUCACACAUCAAGGUGAUAUCUGUAUUUGUAUAGAUAUAGCCAUGCAAACUGAUUUUUUUAUACAGAUCCUCAUUCAUUUGUAAUGUAAAUUUUACUGUACAGUUUUGAUUUCAAGGUUUUACUAGGUUUUUGUAGAUAUUUUGUUUUUCUCUCGCUUUUUUUUUCCAAAAAAAAGAAAGACAGGAAAAAGUAGUGUACCAAGUCAAAUGGUGUGUCAUUAUCAGCCUUACUGUAUGUUCAUUCACAAGUAAAGAAAAGAGCAUUUAAAAAAAUAAUAAUAAUAAAAUAUUGUAAAGGAUAUGAAUGUGUGCUCGUCACAACACACGUUCAUUUCUGAAAGGAUCAUCAUCUGAUGGACGUCUGCAUAUUCUUGUGAUGUUGUUAUGUUUUCUUUUCUUUUUUUUUUAUUUGUUGUUUGUAAAUUGUGACUUUGGAACAUCUUUAUUUUUUGACCAUGAAAAUGGGACCCAGUAUAUUUAUAGUGCGAGAUUAUUCACAGACAUGUGACUUUUUCAGGGUCUGCGUGUGUGUGUGUGAGCAAUGCUAUGGUCUUGUUUUAUGAUUUUUAUUAAAUACUGCCACUAGCUUAACUGCUUUACUACUGGCAAUAAAUUAUUCUCUAAAACGGG